CUCCCUCGCUUCUGUGCUAAUACCGUGAACCGCAGGCAGUCCUUAUUCUCUGGGUGGAAGCGCUAAAAGCACCAACAGUUUGAGACGCUCUUUCUCAAUACCCAACCUUUUAGGGCGCCUUGGGAUCAACUUUUAAGUAUUACCAACAAAGGCAUUAACUGGCGGUUUAAAGAGACGCUAAUCCAGGCUGCUUAGUGUAUCAUUGGUCAGCACAUAGUCCCUAUUGUGCGGUAGACGCCAUACCUGAAUUUUGUGGUUAAUUUAGCACUGGGGCCAAACGGCCCGUAGGAAUGGCGUCAAGCGGCUUGGGCGACGUCCAGCAAGUGGAGGCCUUCGUGCAUCAGCUCAUCAACCCAGCGACAAGAGAAAAUGCAUUGCUGGAGUUGAGCAAGAAGCGUGAAAACUUCCCGGAGCUGGCGCCUUAUUUAUGGCAUAGCUUUGGCGCUAUUGCGGCUCUUCUGCAGGAGAUCGUAUCGAUUUACCCUCUGCUCUCGCCCCCGUCCUUGACGGCGCACGCAUCCAAUCGCGUGUGUAACGCGCUUGCACUCUUGCAGUGCGUUGCCUCCCACAAUGAAACACGUGCGCUAUUCCUCCAAGCGCACAUCCCGCUGUUCCUGUACCCCUUCCUCCAAACCAUGAGCAAAACGCGCCCCUUCGAGUACCUCCGCCUGACCAGCCUGGGGGUGAUCGGCGCGCUGGUCAAGGUUGACGACACCGACGUGAUCAACUUCCUGCUGUCCACCGAGAUCAUCCCGCUGUGCCUGCGCACCAUGGAGAUCGGCACGGAGCUGUCCAAGACGGUCGCCACCUUCAUCGUGCAGAAGAUACUGCUGGACGAUGUGGGGUUGAACUACAUUUGCGCCACCGCCGAGCGCUUCUUCGCGGUGGGUGCGGUGCUGGGCAACAUGGUGGUGGCGCAGGCGCAGAUGGUGGACCAGCCCUCGCAGCGGCUGCUGAAGCACAUCAUCCGCUGCUACCUGCGACUCUCGGACAACCCGCGCGCUCGUGAGGCGCUGCGCUCGUGCCUGCCCGAGCUGCUGCGCAACGCCCAGUUCACCGCCUGCCUCAAAAACGAUGACACCACGCGCAGGUGGUUGGCCCAGCUGCUGAUCAACGUGGGCUUCCCGGACGCGGCGGCGGCACUGGGGGCGCUGGAUGUGGUGCAGCCCACCCCCAUGACGGGCGCGUGAGGGGGGGGUGCACACUGGGCUUGACGUGAUGUGAGGGGCGUUUUCCCUUUAUCACGUGGUGGCUGGUUGUCCUAACACUUGUGACGGGCGCGUGAGGGGCACGUGAGGGGAGCAGGCGGAUGCUGUUGCUUGAUUGGGAGGAGCAGAAGGGAGGACUGGAGGGAGGCUGUGGAGGCAGAGGUAGGAGGGAAGGGAAAGCAGCAGUGGCGGCAGAGGGUUUUGCUGGCCUGCAGUUGGGUGAGGUGUGAGAUGAAGGGAGGGAAGGAGGCCCAGCAGCAACAGCAGCAGCGGGCAGGGGUUGUAGGUGGCGCCGGGUUCAUGCUUCCUCUUCUUGUCGUAUGUGGGGCGCAGGGGGGCUGCAAGGGACGCUGAACCGCUGAAACACGGUGUGUAGAAAGUAGGGAGAGGCGGCAACAGGGACGAUUGGAGGAGGCGGAAGCAGGUGGCAGGAGGCGCAGGGAGGAUGGUUUGCACUUCGGGCGGUUUGCCGCCCGGUAUGCGCAUUGUCGAGCCAUGCUUCCGGAGGCCCUCGGGUGUCCCAUAGGCUUGCAUGCACGUCGAGGAGCGAUGCGAGGUCGGAAGGGGCGCGGUUCGGCGUUCACGACAUCUCGAAGGGCCUUGUAGGACCUAUGUUAUGUUACAGGCGGCCCCUGGUGCGGUCGGCGGUUCUGCUGGCGGGUAUAUGCAUGUGCGCCGGCGUAGGGCCAAUAGCCCCGCAUGCCUCUAGUCCGGACGACGUGCCGGCGUGGGAGUUACACGGAUGCUGGGGCUGGGGCGGGUUGUGGUAGAGCAGUCCGUGCCAAGCAGGAUUGGCGCUGACAGGUAGUGCGAUGGGGGCGCAGGACUGGAGGAAUGGACAUGACAAGGGGAGGUCGGCCUCUUUGCCGCUGUGUUCAGUGGAGUGUGACGCCUGGAGAGCCAUGCAAUGGGGAUUGUGGGCCGCAGCAAACCCCAGCAUCAUGAUAUUGUAUGAGCUGGCAAAUCGUGAGCAGCCCUAGCCCUGGCUCGCGGUGCAGGGGGCCCAGUGUGAAAUGAAGCAAGCAUGGCCUGCACUACGGGUGGGUGGCACAUGCGCAGGGCAUGUUGCACUGCAUAUGCUCGCUUGCACUCCAGAUGUACUUCCAUACGCAAUGGCAUCCAGCUAUGGUGGCUAUUUGCGGUCUUGCUCGUUUGCUAAGUGACCCGUGGGUCAUUCGCGACUUAUUAAUCGGACCGGCAAGCUGUAUGGCCUGAUUAAGGCCAAUGGCAAACGCUCAAAGUUCUUAGCUGCAGUAUAUAGGAACAGAAUGUAUGCCAGCGGGGCGUUUGGCCUCGACUCGUUGCUGUACACUGCCGUUAACCUUCCCAAAAGGCAACUUUUAACAGUGUUAUCUUACAAUGGGC